UGCCCGUGUGUGUGUGGGUUUUCUCCGGGUACUCCGGUUUCCUCCCACAUUCCAAAAACAUGCAUGUUAGGUUAAUUGGAGACUCUAAAUUGUCCAUAGGUAUGAAUGUGAGUGUGAAUGGUUGUUUGUCUAUAUGUGCAAUGCAAUUGGCUGGCAACCAGUCCAGGGUGUACCCGGUGUCAGCUGGGAUAGGCUCCAUCAUACUCGCGACCCUAGUGAUAAGUGGCAUAGAAGAUGGAUGGAUGUGCUGCCUUGGCAAGUUAACAAAAGUUAACCAAUGGAAACAUCUCAGAUAGGGCACUGCAUCCCAAAGCAAAUGCCCUUUUCCUUCCUUCAGUCUUAGCUUGCAUGUUCAUCAUCAAAUUCCCAAAAAAGUGUUGUUCCUUUUAGGUAGUGCAAAGAUUUUUUUGUAUGAUGCCAGUCAUGUUUCCAGUCUUGUUCAAAUUUUUGCAUGUCGGCCCCCUUAAAGCAGCAGUGCUUCUCAAAUAGUGGAGCAGGCCCCCCUGGGGGGAACGCAGUGAACUGUCAGGGGGGGCGUGAGAGGCAGGGAGUACUUUUAAUGUUGGUGCAGACCUGCCAACAUGUACAAAUUUGUCAUGCUCAACAUGCAAGUUGAGUAUUGAGUACACUUGUAUGCUUCACAGUUCUCCAUUUUGUUGCAUUUUCUUGGUUUCAGUUUGAGUUCAGUCUGUACAGUACAGAUAAAUGAAUAGAUCUUAUUAAUUUCUCAGUAGUUUUUUGGGGGAAGGCGGCUGCAUGAAAACAUUUUUGUCCCCCAGCGGGUCAUGACAGAAUGUAAUUGACAACCAGUGUCUUAAACGUGUGUACCGUGAUUUGGCUAAACACCCUAAAGUUACAGUUGGUGCAUUAUGUAGCUCUUUGAGCUUUGUGAGAAAUUUCAAGGCUGUCCAACUCAUGGGGGACAAACAAUGGGGUUUCAGCCUUUCAGCAAUCGAAGAUAGCACAAAUCUUCAAAUUUUAGUAGCCCAAUAUUGCCCAAUUUUGAUGAUCAGCCCUUUGUCUUCUCUCGAGACACAAACUACAACCAAUAUCUCAAAACAGCAUCUGUUGGGCAGAAAAAAGUUAGCUCUACUCCAGGUUUCAUAAUCAGAGUACACUAUCUGGUUCAGUGAUGUCACAGGGACCAAGGGAUUUAAGCGGGUUUUAGUUUGCUACUAAUCCCCUUGUGGCAACUUGUGUGGAUGACUGCCAAUGGCGUGCAUGGAUUACUGACUCUCAUUCUUCCCAGCAUUGUCCAGCAUGUGUUUUACCCCAAUUUCUUGGAGUGCCUGUCUUUGUUUGCACAAGCAUUAACCCUGCUAAAGUGGGAUGCGUCUUUAAACUGUUUAUUUGCAAUGUUCUCAGCAUGGAGUUCUACAGUUACCAGGGCUGAAUUAUUUAGUUUGGAGUGAGCGAUAGCUACAUGAUAGCAUAGACUUAAAGCUGAAGGGAGAAGGGGGGGACCUACAGCUGCAGAUCAGGUGAGGCUUGCAUCUGCUCCUCCCUUUUUCAUAGGCCCGAGUGUAAUUGGAAGCUGGCAACGCAACACCUAGAUCUAUUUUCCGCUCCUAUAGGUGUCCUUUUUGUCUUCACUCAUGCCUAACUCAAGUGAGCAGUUGUGUUUUGGUGGCUCUCUGAGUCAGGGGGGUCCAGAGUGGACUGAGGGCCAGAGAGACAGGGCUGUAAGUCGUUGUCACUACUGUGGUACGAUUGCUGAUUGUCGGAAUUUAUUUGCAUUAGCUGGAGGAGAAAGUGGAAGAGGCUUUCCACAUCACCUGGAUGUUGAGGUUCCAGUCCUGGGAUUGCAGUGUAGUCAGGUACAAGGACAGGGACAACAGCUCAUGAAGAAGCCUGAUCUCAACAACAGCCUGUACUCCAAGCAAGCAAUGUCAAGCCGGAGUGCUGGACCACCUCAUGGUUAUCUUCAGGCAGACACCAGUCCAAUUGGGCAGCCAUCGGAAGAGUCUGGCUUUUAUAAGGAUAACCAGCACCUGCUCACGAGAUCAGCCCUACAUUAUGGGAACGGCGUGACAAGGUUGAGGCCUUCAUGGGAUGAAGUGCAAGGAAGGGCCACACCUACCGUACAAGCCUCUAGUUCUACACCUAUGCCCAUGCCUCCACCCCCGCCUCCUCCGCCUCCACCCCCUCCUCUUCCUGUUCAUGAGCUGAGUCGUUUGUACAGGGAAACUCUGGGAUCUAAGAUUAUCUUGGACACUCAGCGUAUCGCCGGCACCUCUCUUUCUACUGCAGCCUACGGACCUCAGACCUCUCUUCCUACUUAUGCUGCUGAGCAGUCAUCCAACGCUCCUCACCAAACAUUAAACAAUUUCAGCUGCUUGGCCUUGGAACCCCGUCAGUCAGCUGCCACCAGUUCUGUGGUGGACCCAGCUUCUCAAGGAAUGGACGGAGCUCUCCCUCGUGCUUUUGGGGCUGUACCCUCUCACAGACUUCCUUAUGACUCCAGCUAUGAUCCCAGCUCAGCCAUGAUGGCUGCCACAGCUGGAAUGUCGUCCAAUUUGCCUCCUCACCACCCUAGUGCCACAGACCCAAAGAAGAUGGUGGAUCCUGCUUUUUUGGCCUUUUUGCGAGCUGAAGGUCUGGCUGAGAGCACUAUCACCCUUCUGCUGCAACACGGGUUUGACUCCUCCACCAUGCUUGGGAUGAUGGAGGACCAUGACAUUCGCUCAGUUGCUCCAAACUUGGCCCAGGCACGUGUUCUUUCCCGUGUAGUGCUCAGUUGCAAGACAGGCGGGACUGGGACACGUACCCGAUCCAGUAGCUUCAGCCACCGCAAUGACUUUUACGUGCAGCCACAAGGUUUGAGCAUGGAUCCUGGCCUGAUGCAGCAACCCCCUUCCACCAUUCAAACUGUAUCUCCCAGAAUGGGAGAGUUUCUCGGGAGAAGACCCAGCAGCGCUCCAACCCAACACCUUCUGGAGACCACCACCUAUCCAGGAUCUCGUCCCCUGGCAACUGGAGCUUUCCCAGUCAGCCCUGGAGGAUACAGCAAUGUUGUGACCCAGGGAAGACCUUUUUCCAUGUACAAUGCCCACACCGGCAUUGCCAUGUCUGCUCUUGGCCAACAGCCUCCACCGGCCCCGGGCACCCCUGGAGCUGCCCCCAAAACCUUCUCCGGGUCUUACUCCCCUAUUGAGCUGAUGAAACGAGCCCCCAACCUUCCUCCAGCAUCCCCAGCAGUGGCUCAGAGCCCUCUUCACAGUCCACAACUUCUUCGGAAAGGCAUGAGUGUUGCUCCUGAGAAUAGUAUUGCUCCUGCGACUUCUUCCUCCACUCUCCAAGCGCAAAACUUUAACAACAACAAGCUGGUCGGGCGGCGCACGGGUCCACCUGUCAUUGUCUCAACCAUGACCACGACGCCUGACACAAGCAUCCGGCCCCAAAUAAUGAACGGGCCAAUGCAUCCACGCCCCCUGGUGGCACUGCUGGACGGGCGCGACUGCACUGUGGAGAUGCCCAUCCUGAAGGACCUGGCCACUGUUGCCUUCUGUGACGCACAGUCCACGCAGGAGAUCCAUGAGAAAGUGCUGAACGAGGCAGUGGGGGCCAUGAUGUACCACACCAUCACCUUGACCAGAGAGGAUCUGGAGAAAUUCAAAGCACUACGCAUCAUCAUCCGCAUCGGCAGCGGCUAUGACAACAUCGACAUCAAGGCUGCCGGAGAGCUCGGCAUUGCAGUGUGCAACAUUCCCUCGGCGGCUGUGGAGGAGACGGCAGACUCCACCCUCUGCCACAUUCUCAACCUGUACCGGCGGAACACCUGGCUCUACCAGGCUCUACGGGAAGGCACGCGGGUGCAGAGCGUGGAACAGAUCCGUGAGGUGGCAUCUGGCGCCGCCCGCAUUCGGGGCGAGACUCUGGGCCUCAUCGGGUUCGGUCGUUCGGGCCAGGCUGUGGCAGUGCGGGCCAAGGUGUUUGGCUUUAACGUCAUCUUCUACGACCCGUACCUCCAGGACGGCCUGGAGCGCUCACUGGGCGUCCAGCGCGUUUACACCCUGCAGGACCUCCUCUACCAGAGCGACUGCGUGUCCCUGCACUGCAACCUGAACGAACACAACCACCACCUCAUCAACGACUUCACCAUCAAACAGAUGCGCCAAGGAGCAUUCCUGGUGAACACGGCCAGGGGGGGCCUGGUGGAUGAGAAGGCCCUGGCCCAGGCCUUGAAGGAGGGCAGGAUACGCGGGGCCGCCUUGGACGUCCAUGAGACGGAGCCCUUCACUUUUGCUCAAGGCCCCCUCAAAGACGCCCCCAACCUGAUCUGCACACCUCACACAGCGUGGUACAGCGAGCAGGCUUCCCUGGAGAUGAGGGAGGCGGCCGCCACCGAGAUCCGAAGAGCCAUCACUGGCCGUAUCCCAGACAGCUUAAGAAACUGCGUCAACAAGGAGUUCUUCGUCACCACCGCACCCUGGGCUGUCAUGGACCAACCUGGUGUUCACCCCGAACUCAAUGGAGCUGCCUACAGAUACCCGCCAGGCGUAGUGGGCGUGGCGCCGGGUGGCCUCCCGGGGGCAUUAGAGGGCAUGGUGCCGGGCGGGGUGCCCAUCGCCCACACCCUGCCCUCUGGUACCCACCCCUCACAGGCCCCAUCGCCCAACCAGCCCUCCAAACACGGCGAGCCCAGAGAGCACCUCACCGAGCAAUAGCAGCGACAAGAAGGGACCCUCCAACCCCCCAACCCCAACUUGGAACGGACUCGUCGAGCCACCCCGGCUGGGACCAAGAGACAGUCACCUGUCCCCAAAAACAUGGUGGAUUUCUACUUUUAACGUCUUUGUUUUUACUCGUCUUUGUUUUUUUUUUUUGCGGGGGCGGGGGGACUCGGCCCACCAAAAUGGAUAUGUCCAAUUGACACCCCACCCUCAGAGCUCAUGACGGGAAACCAUACCAACGACAACAAAACAUUUUGCUCCUGGACCUUUUCCACCAUCCUGAACCUUUCCUGAUGCCCCCCUCCCCCUUCUGUUAUUUUUUUCAGCCCUUCCCCUUUUUUCUUCUUUUAUCUAAUAUUUUCCCCAACAACAGAAGCCAGAAAAUUGCUGAUUGGACAUGAAUGCUAACUCUUUCUCCUGGUGAUAAAUACAUGAAAUGACACUUGAUUAUCCAAGAUUAGAAUGACUCCAAGAUUUAUCCCAAAAGUAAAGGGUUAAUUAUACACUCAGGAAUCCCCCCGCCCCUUUAUUUUUUGCAGCUAUUAAUGCCUGUGAUUAUUUAAAAAAAGAAAAAAAAGAAAAAAAAAAGGUGCA